UGUCUUGUCCUCUGUGGUUUCCCCUUCCUUGAUAGUUGCAGAGUGAGCCGGUUAAAUAGGAAGGUUUUAAAAGAGAAAGCAGGAAGAGCCCUCAAGCGAGCAGAGAUUAGAGCAUCAAGAUGGGGAAGAGCUGCAAGGUUGUGGUGUGUGGCCAGGCCUCCGUUGGAAAAACGUCCAUCCUGGAGCAGCUCCUUUAUGGGAACCAUGUGGUUGGUUCAGAGAUGAUAGAGACCCAGGAGGACAUCUACGUGGGCUCCAUCGAGACAGACCGUGGGGUGCGUGAGCAGGUGCGCUUCUAUGACACCAGGGGCCUGCGGGAUGGCUUGGAGCUGCCCAAGCACUGCUUCUCCUGCACUGACGGCUACGUGCUGGUGUACAGCACUGACAACAGGGAGUCCUUCAAGAGGGUAGAGCUGCUUAAAAAGGAGAUCGACAAGUCCAAAGAUAAGAAGGAGGUCACGAUCGUGGUUCUGGGCAACAAGUGUGACCUACAAGAGCAGCGGCGCGUGGACCACGACGUGGCCCAGCACUGGGCCAAGGGUGAGAAGGUGAAGCUGUGGGAGGUCUCUGUGGCAGACCGCCGGACACUGAUAGAGCCAUUCAUCUACCUGGCCAGCAAGAUGACGCAACCACAGAGCAAGUCCGCCUUUCCGCUGAGCCGCAAGAACAAGGGUAGUGGCUCCAUGGACAGCUGAGGGCCUGGCCUGCCCCCAGCCCCUUCACCUCACCCCCACUUUGCACCCACCUUUUCUUUUGCUUACUCAGUGCCUGGGUAGUUGUGGGAGCAGGUGCUGAGCUUCCAGUGGAAGGUGAGACCGUGCUCUGCACCUGACUGCACUGGCUGGCAUGGAGUGGUCCAGGGCCGGUCCCUGGGGAGGAGUGGGGAAUGCCUGGCCCAUAUGCUGUGAGCUGGUGGGGAGAGCAGUUCUAUUCACUGCUCAGGUCCUGUAGGUGUUUGAGUUGCUUCCUGGUUGAGCCUGGCUUUGCAAAGACCCUCCCUGCAGGACCUCCUAGUUCAGGCUUCGUCUCCCAAAGGCUGGGCAGACCUGGGGGACCCUGCCUGAGCAUGGGUGGGGCAUGUGGGUCCUGCCAAAAGCUGCACCU